CAAGUUUUCUUACCCGGCACCGUCGUUUUGUUUUGGGGGGAAGUUCAGUUGUGUAUGUCCAAUUAAACGGAUUAAAGACUUCAUUAAACGACCCGCUGGUUUGUUCUUCGCUGUUUAUUUUUUAAACAAAUAUUGUAGUAUGUACUAUCCUUUUCAGUGUCGCUGGACGUUACAGAGCUUAUUAAGGUCUUCAUGACAUGCUGUGUUAUACUGUAAUCACAUGACCGCUGCAGGACUGCAAAUUGCCCUCUGACAUGGACACAUGUUUAUGUUUUAAGAAGAUGUUCUUCUCAAGUGAACUUCUUGGACUAAUUCACACACAGUGAAGAUUUAUCACCUGCUAAGAAGUACUCACCCCGGCUGAAUGCUCCAGGCUUUACCUCGGCUGAGCAGAGCUGUGGAGAGGAUUCGCCGUGUGGGAGCUCAACUCAGCAGUAUGGCCCAAAAUGGCAGCACCGAGAACGGAGAACCGGCCACAGCCGCCAUCGUAAUCAUCGGCGAUGAGAUUCUUAAGGGUCACACGGCAGACACAAACAGCACCUUCUUGUGUCGCGGCCUGCGCAAGCUGGGGGUCAGUGUGCAACGCAUUUCAGUGGUGCCUGAUGUGCAGGAGGUCAUCGCUAAGGAAGUGGCUGCGCUCUCACCCACGGUAACGCACCUGAUCACAGCAGGUGGCAUUGGCCCCACGCAUGACGAUGUGACCUUUGAAGCAGUGGCGCUGGCGUUCGGCGAGAGUCUGCAUAUCCACCCGGAGCUCACACGCCUCAUUGAGAAGUUCUUCGGCACCGUCGAUUCUACCAGUGCCCCCAUGAAACUUGCCACUGUGCCUUCUUCUGCAAAGCUGAACUACGGUCGAGACCCCCAGACCGGCGAGCCUCUGCGCUUUCCUCUGAUCAGCGUACGCAACGUCUACAUGUUCCCUGGCAUCCCUACACUUCUGGAGCGUUCCUUCAAUGGCCUGGUGCAUGUGUUUGCCAGACCGGGAACUGCUUUUCACACACGUGAGGUGUUUGUGAAUGCUGACGAAACAGAAAUCGCUCCCAUCCUUACGAGGUUGCAGUCGGAAUGGGGAAAAUCUAUAGCGCUCGGCUCGUAUCCUGACUGGCUGAGCAACUACUACCGCGUGAGGCUGGUGCUGGACUCGGACAGUGCCGACAAGGUGGAGAGGGCGCAGGCCAGGCUGGAGGAGGACCUGCCUAAAGGGAGUGUGGUGCGGCUGGUCAGCGAUCCUGUCACUGUUGCACCCCAUGAGGUCUACUUGCUCGCCUUGAACGGAUCACCCUUGGGAGAGAAAGUAGCUGCAGCUCUGAGGACCAUCGAGAAGGCACUGGAUCAUUACCGACUAAAUGAGAUCUGCAUUGGCUUCAAUGGCGGCAAAGACUGCACGGCGCUGCUACAUCUUUUUUACGCUGCCCUUAAACGCCGCUAUCCAGACUGUAAAGACAAGUUGAAAGCUCUGUACAUCCGCAUCGUCUCCCCGUUCCCCGAGAUGGAGCGAUUUCUGCAGGACACGAUUAAAAGAUAUGAGUUGGACCUUAUUGCUGUGGAGGGCAACAUUCGGCAGGCUCUAAAUGAAGUGCAGGAGAAGAGACCUGAGCUUCGUGCCGUUCUCAUGGGCACCAGACGCACUGAUCCAUACUCACACACUCUCACUGCCCUCUGCCCCACAGACCCAGACUGGCCUCCCUACAUGAGAGUCAACCCAUUACUGGAUUGGACCUAUCAUGACAUCUGGUUGUUCCUGAGGACCCUUUAUGUACCUUACUGCAUUCUCUAUGACAAAGGCUACACCUCACUGGGCAGCAUGGAUAACACUUUCAGGAAUCUCUCUCUCCAAGUGGUGGACAGCAGGGGUGUCACACAUUAUAAACCUGCCUACCAGCUGGAGAAAGAGGAAGAAGAACGCAGCUCAAGGACGUGAUGGUGUAUAAGUGCUGGUCCAGAUAAAACCAUGCUCAAGAGAAAAGAGCACCCAUCACAGAGGGAUUGAGAUGACAAGGAAGAACUGGAAAACAGCUGGAUGCAUUCGUUCAUUUUCCGUCCUGAUCCGUCCUGCUCAGAGUUACAGUGGUUCUGGAGCCAAUCCCAGCAACACUGAAAUCAAGCCAUAUUCCUGUAACAUGUAUAUGACAGAGAGAGGGUCAUUUUUAUAUCUGUAUGAGAUAUGAUCUGCAUGAAAAGGUAUUUGUCUGUUUUUCCCUCCUUCUCAAUGUUUUAAAUCAUUUACUUAACUGAAUUUUGUGUUUGUGUGUACACUAGAAGUGACCAAAAGACUGAAUGGGCGAUUAUAGUAUGUUAAUAAAGUUUUAACAGUA